AUGAAGAUCCUCGAGAUGCUUAGCUGGACUCAGCUCAACCGAAUGAUCAUUGGUUCUGUGCUGAUCAACGUUUUUUUGGCUGCUUAUAUUUCAUGGCCAUUUGUUGACAGUUCGCUCACACAUCGAGAUGUCAUUCCCAUCACUCUGCACGGUGAGAUUAAUCGCAACAAUUUCGAACAGUUUCUAACUGAUAUGGAUUUCAACAAUGCCUCUGCCAUUUUCAAUGAGGUCAACAACGCGUUGAAGCAGAAGAAUGCCGAUAUUAACCCGAUUGGAGUGAGUUACUUCCCGGCCUAUAUCCCUGAGGGCACUAUGCUCUAUCACUCCAACGGAGACGGGAAAGUUCCCACCAGUUUUGAGUGGAUGGCCAUGGAUUAUGAGUUCUCUUACAAUUUCGCUCAUAUGUUCAGAAAGGGUGGUCGUCACCACGGGCCCCCGGGACAUCCUCCUAAAGGCAAAUGGCCUGGUGGGCCGGGUGGAAAAAAGCAUGGUCCUGGAAAAGGCCCCGGAAAGGGCCCUGGUAUGGGUCCUGGAUCUGGCAACUUUGUUUCGUCUUUGCUGACAUUUCAGACGGUUGCACCGCUAGAUAAACUGAUCUAUCUGGGAGGAGCAUCCGCAGCCAAAACCCGCACCGGCGAAAUGGACACGCAAUUUCUGAUGACGAACUUGGAAUCUUAUGAUGAUUACGAUGAAAGAAUAGGAGCCCAGCUUAUUUGUGACUGGGGCAAGAAAAAUGGUGGACUCGACGGAGUUAUCAGACUGGAGAUCGGAUUUGAGAUCAUUCUGUGCGACUUUCAAAGUGAUAAAUUGGAACUGGUCCAAAACUUGAGGUUGACUAAUGUCACUGAUAUCAUAAAUUUCCCCGAGGAGGAACCAGAGGAGGAACCAGAGGAAGAAAAAGAGGAAGAAAAAGAGGGCAAAGAACACGCUGAAGCCGAACCUGAGAGCAAUAAGGACGAGCCAAACUCAAAGUCGAAAAGAGCACUAGAAGGAUUACCCAAGGAAAGGUCCGCUAUUGUCGAUGUCUAUGAGGCUAUGAGUGGCUACGAACACUACAAGGCGGGCUCCAGACAUUACGAUGACGAAAACCGGAUUCUGAUUGACUUCACCAAGUUUGUCACCGUCCUGAACAGAACGUACGUGAAUCCUGACCCGUAUCUCAGAAGAAUCCACAAUAUUUCGUCAGAAGAGAGAACAGAAAUCCAGUCUGAUAUUGCUUCAAUGUUGAGUACUGCAAAUGAUCCCUACAAAGGCACUAACUGGAGACUGGUCACCUUAGACAUCGAAAACAAAUUCGGUCCCAUUCUGAUGCUGAUGAGUCAGUCGCUGAGUCUGUACAAUUAUUCGUUGACCCAGGACCCUGCUGGUGAUGCCUACACAAUUGACAGUCUUGGUCGCAACCUCACAACAUACACAUAUAAUUUUGUGAGGAGAUACACGGAUGGUUCUUACAGUCAUGAUCUGGCAUACCAGUGGAAGGAUGCUAAGAAAAUGGCAGUUUGGGACUGGGCUCACCCAAGACAGAAAAUAAUCAGUCGCUCGGAUUUCUUGAUAUGGGACGCAAUUACUCACGUUCAAGAAUCAAUCAUCGAAGUGGUCUUUUCGUGUUUUGAGGUGGGAAGACAGAUCCUAGAUAAUCUGUACGUGAGUGCGGAUGUUGAGGUUCCUUCGGAUCAACAGAUAACUGCUCUUUACGAGAAAAUAACAUUUUUAUUGGAACAACUAAACUGGUCUUCGUUCUAUCAGUGCAAGAAAACUUGUGCUUGGAACGAAAUGUGUUUCAUUCCUACGUGGGGCCCAGCUCCUCUUGGUUGGGGUGACGCUACAAUUGGUAAGGAGAUGGUGAACGGUAUACCACGCAUCAAGAAAGAGUGUGAGUGCAUUAGUUAUGAGACGAUACUUCGGAUGAAUUAA